CCUGAAAAUCCUCACUGCAGUGGUAGAGGGAGAUCAAGAACACAGUCUAGGGCUGGAGGAUCAAAAGCCAAGAGCAGAUAAAGUUGACACCAUCUGGGCCUCACCAUUCUCCAUCCUGAAGAAAACAGACAUCUGGUCCCAAGCCCACAAAGAAGGAGCUGAACUGCAAGGACAAGAGCAUCAUGAACCAGAUGAGGAAACUGAAGCUUCUGAAUAGGUCAAACUCAAAAAGCUUUUUGCAGGAUCUCCUAAAACCUCAGACAAUGGAGAAGAAAACGCUAAUAACUGUGCAAACCACAAACCUUUCUGCUAGGGAGUUUGUGGUUUAUCGACAGGGCCUGUCUGUCCUGCAUCUCCUCAUCCCCCAGCUUCAUGCUCCAGAAAUCACUCUGCAGAUUGUUUCUCAUCUUCCUGCCAUGGAAGCCUCCGGCAAUGCCUUCCAAGGUUCCUUCUUCUAUCAGAGUCCUGAAAAUACAUUGUAUGUUGGUAGAGAGUGUUUGGAAUCUGUGGGAAGCUUUGUUCGGCUGUUGAUCCACUGCCUGGCCCACAUUGCUGCUGGAGAUCUCCACCAGGACUCCAACCCCACCUUUCUGAGAUCAUUUUAUGAGGGGCUGAAGGCCUAUUUCAGAGAAGCAUUCUCUACCACAUUGCAAAUGUCAGCAGUUGCCUGGGAUAGUAAGCUUGACCAAAGCAUAAGUGCUAUUCUCCUGGAAGAGCAGCCCAUUUCUGAAAGAGAGAAAGAUAUUCUCUCUAAACUCAUUGAAAGGAAGCAUGGGUGUCAUUUAGAGCCAAGGUCAUCAGAAGAGUACAUUGAGAAAAACAAAGAUCUUCUCUUUUUCACCAAUAUGGAACAUUUCCUGAAAAGCAUCCUUGCAUCAGAGCAACAAAUUCUAGGAAUAUCAAGAGAUCAAUUUGGGGGUGAAGAUAAGAUCUAGAAACAAAAUGGUGAUCUCACCUUAGCCUGCAUGAUUAAGAGGCUAAAUGUAUCAAUACAUGGGAAGAAGCUAAAAUGAAUUCUUGAAAAUGUUUAUUAUUCAUAAAUAAAUGACAUAAAUCUAUUUUAUAGUCUUGGGUAUAUAUGUAAUAGGAGCUAAUGUUUGCAAGAGAAGAUAAGGAACCUGCCAAUAGUUUCACUGUGACUAGAGGAGACUAUUAGACCUCAUAUUUCAUUAAAAUACUUAUUAAAGCUAUUGACUCACCUCUUUCAGAAAAUAUAAAAUUUGUGUAAAUAAUCAUCCUAGCUUAUCUAAAACUAUUACUGAAUCAGAUGAAGUAGAUAUUGGAUACAUUUGCAC